CAUUACAGUUUCUAGAAUAGACUGGAACGUGCCUGCAGUCACAUUGCAGUUUAACUCAUGAGCUCAUGUAUCGAUUACACUGGCCUGACUGAACACUCAACGUGAACAAAACAAGCGUCGCAAUUUAAGGUUGUGACAGAAGCCUGAUUUGUGAUAUGCGACAGUCGACGAGAGGUGCAAGAAGCUUUUCUCUUCCUCCACAUCCUUCGAUUUAUUCAGCACGACAACUGCAGUGACUUGAAAACUUUUGGAAGCGCUUUUGAACAGAUCGAGUGAAUGAGCACUUGAGAGGAGGAGGGAGAUUAGGAGGAAAGAGAGAAUCGAGGAGCAGAAGUACUAGAGCAGACUGCAGUCUCUGAGUGUUAAAGUGGUGUAUGGCAUGGACAUGGGUGUGCUGGGGAGCAGUGUGCUAGUGUUGGCACUCUUCUGUCAAAGCCAUAGUAUCCCAAACCCUCUAGACAGGUCUAAGAGGUUUCAGGACAGUGCCUGGUCAGACCCAAAUGACUGCUCCAGGAUCAGACAGCCAUUCGACUUGUCUAAUCCUUUUAAUUUCUCCCUGAAUAUCCACAUGCCAGGAGUGAUUCCAACAGAAUCUGACAGCUACUUCUGUAUGGCUGUUCCUGUCCCCACAUCACGGGAGGCCUAUAUAGUGGAUUUUGUGCCCCAUGCCAGUAUGGACACUGCCCACCACAUGGUCUUAUAUGGCUGCAGAACCCCUUAUGUCAUCAAAGGAUACUGGAAUUGUGGGACAGAGCUGGGGACCUGUCAUGAUCAGGCCAAGAUCAUGUACGCCUGGGCCAGGAAUGCUCCUCCUACAAAACUACCCAAAGAUGUUGGCUUUAAAGUUGGAGGUGACACCAAAAUUACGUACUUUGUGCUCCAAAUUCACUAUGGUGAUGUCAGUAAUUUUAAAGAUCAUCAUAGAGAUUGCUCAGGACUCUCUUUAAGAAUGACUUCCAAACCACAGCCCUUCAUUGCUGGCAUGUAUCUUAUGAUGUCUGUGGACACUGUCAUCCCUCCAGGAAAGAAAGUUACUAAUGCAGACAUUGCUUGCACAUACUCAUCAUCCCCGAUGUACCCUUUUGCCUUUAGGACACACACACAUCGCCUUGGUAAGGUUGUUAGUGGGUACAGGGUUCGAAAUGGACAGUGGACACAGAUUGGACGACAGUCUCCACAGCUACCACAGGCUUUUUAUCCAGCUUCCAACACCAUUGACAUUAAAAAUGGAGACAUACUGGCUGCUCGUUGUGUGUUCACAGGAGAAGGAAGAACCAUUAAGACUCGAAUCGGUGGCACCUCAGAUGACGAGAUGUGUAACUUCUACAUCAUGUACUACAUGGACAGCACACAUGCUGAGCCUUACAUGGACUGCAUGGAUCACGGCAGUAGUAAGCUGUUCCAAAACAUCCCUACUGAGGCCAACGUUCCCAUCCCGAUCAGUCCAGACCACAUGUCUAUGAUGCACAUGCCUGCUGCUCAUAAAGAUGUUGUGAAAGAUUUGGAGCUGCAGCAGCCUAAGAGAGAAGAGGAAGAGGUUCUGGACCAGGGUAACUUCUAUUCCCUCCUCUCUAAACUGCUGGGGGAGAGAGAGGACAUUGUCCGUGUGCAUAAGUAUAACCCAGAGGACGCGGCCCAUGCUCAGGCGCAUCUGAUGGCAGAAAUUGAUAGCAUUAUGCAAAAGAAAGACCUGGGCUGGCUGCGGUUAGGCUACAAAACGAAAGAGGAUGCAGUUCUGGUGAGGGACAGAGUGCACAAGUUUCACCAGUUAGAAUCCACUGUCAGUCCCUCCAGGAGCAGGAUUGUACCCGCCAGACAGCUUGCCACAGGGGCGGCUCAGGGGGACAAACAAGGGUCUCAUCUGGUGGAGGUGUCAGACUGGCCUGAGGUGGAACUGCAGCUGGGGCAGGUGUCUGGUCUAGCUUUGGACUCUGAUAAUAACCUGGUCAUUUUCCACAGAGGAGAUCACAGAUGGGGAAUCAACUCCUUUAACAAUAACAACAUCUACCAGCAGAAGUCUCUGGGCCCCAUCCAGCAGUCGACCAUCGUGGUGGUGGAUCCAGUUGUAGGACGAGUGCUUAAAGCUUCAGGAAGAAACAUGUUCUAUUUGCCGCAUGGAAUGACUACUGACAAGGACAAUAAUUACUGGGUGACGGAUGUAGCUCUUCAUCAGGUUUUCAAGCUGAGCAGCAAUGGUAAAGAUCAGCAGCUUCUGGUUCUGGGAGAGGCUUUUAAACCAGGAAGUGACAAAAACCAUUUCUGCCAACCAACAGAUGUGGCUGUGGACCCCACCACUGGAAACAUCUACAUCUCAGAUGGCUACUGCAAUUCCAGGAUCCUCAAAUUCUCACCAGAGGGCAAAUAUAUUGCACACUGGGGGGCAGGCUCCUCGGACAGGAGGCGGCGUGUCUCAUUCCGAAUUCCGCACAGCCUGACCUUCCUACCGGAUAAACAGGAGCUGUGUGUGGCCGACCGGGAGAAUGGACGGAUUCAGUGCUUUAUGACCGAGACGGGCGAGUUUGUGAAGGAGAUAAAAAAAGAGGAGUUUGGAGGAGAAGUGUUUGCCAUUGCAUACAGUCCUUUCCAAGGUGGUCUUAUCUACGCAGUGAAUGGAGAGCCUCCAUAUAGGCAGGCUGCCCCCCUCAGAGGGUUUGUGCUCAAUUAUUCAACCAAGGAAGUCCUGGAUACAUUCAGUCCAGAAACACAGGAAUUUAAAAUGCCACAUGACAUAGUCGUUACAUCAGAUGGGAGUGUCUUUGUUGGAGACGCAGCCUCAGAUUCUGUGAUGAAGUUUGUUCCGUCUGAGAAGGCAGAACACCGCUCUGUUAAAAAGGGUGGAAUCCAGGUUCAAGAAAUUGAAGAAACAGAAACAUUUGUGCAGGCCAAUUUGAAGCCGUUUCCAGUUCAGUCUCCAGUGCAGUUUCCAGUUCAGUCAUCAGAAGCCGCAGUACAGGUCCAAGAGCCGCCACAGAUACAAAAGCAGCUGCUAGCAGCACCCAAAGACAAAGAGAAACUUCAGACUGCAGCCAAUCAGAGUGCUCAGGGCAUGUCCACCACUGUCAUCACCACUCUGCUGCUCAUUCCAUUGGUUGUUGUCAUCGCCAUUGGCGUCUUCAUCCGCUGGAAAAAGGGCCGGAUGUACAGAGAUGAUUGUGAGGUGAAGCUGGAACCAUCAGGAUCAACAGGAGGAAUAUUAGGUAAACUCAGAGGUAAAGCUGCAGGAACCUUAAACCUGGGCAACUUCUUUGCCACCCACAAAGGCUACACACGUCAUGGCUUUGACAGGCUCAGCACUGAAGGAAGUGACCUGGAGAAAGAUGACGAGGAUGGUACCGACUCUGAGAAUGAAGAGUACUCGGCUCCACCUCCUCCCUUGUCUUCAUCCUAAUGAGCAUCCCGCUUUAAACGUUGACCAGUCUUUCUGCUCGCGCUAUCAGGAUGUAUUUUAAUCAUGUAUGUAAUUGUUUGUAUCAGCUGCCGAUACAUUUUAUUGUUUGUGCAAAAUGUUCUCCCCUAGAACAAUGAUUGCCUCUUUAAUUAAUGAUUUUUAGGAGCCACAUAUAGAGAAACAAAGCACUGGUCAUUCUGAGGAUUAAGACAUUUGAUUACUUUUAACAGGAGGUUAGUUGUAUAUUAUUUAUUUAAUGUUAAUAAUGAACAGCUAGUCAAUUUCUUCUGAGAAUUUAUCAACCUGUUAACAUUUUAUUAAAUAUAUAAUUGAUAAAGGCAUUUGUUUCAUAACUUUUACUGUAUGUUUGUGCCUUUUCGACUUUGUAUUUCACCUUCUGCAGCACCUAUAUAUUACUAUAAAUGUGCCACAUAUUUAAGAGCUGCUACUGUCACUUGUGAUUUGAUAUCUGUUUUGCUGCAUUUGAUGAAAAGAGAAAAAAAAAUACAUAUUUAAAGCUGUAUUUACUAGAUUUUCGAAGCUAAUGUGAAAUGUGUCUGAUAUUUGUUGUGACAUACUGAGGUUUUAUUGCAAGAAAACUAUUUUCAGUCACAAUUUUAUUUGUGUAAUAAAGUGUCUGCAAAGCA